AUGCUAAAGGGUCUUCGGAAUCGAGUGAGGCGCGAGAAUGAGCCUCGCGUACUUAUUGUGGGACUGGACAAUGCAGGGAAAACGACGUUACUGAAUACUCUUGGUGAGAGCGACGUCAACGAUGACGAGAAUACUCGCAAAACCCCCGCGGCACCGGAAGGGCCAACGCACGGGUUUAACAUUAAGACUCUGACGCGUGGUGAUCGGCGGGCGAAGUUGUGCGAUCUCGGUGGUCAGCGGGCGUUGAGAGAGUACUGGCAGGAUUAUUACAAUAACGCGGACUGCAUCAUGUACGUGGUGGACUCCUCCGAUCACCGCCGCCUUGAGGAGGCCCACACGUCAUUUGUGGAUGUGCUGAACGGAAUCCCGGGGGUACCUGUUCUGGUCCUUGCGAAUAAACAAGAUCUUGCGACAGCAAAGACGCCACAAGUGAUUGCAGAGUCGCUUCAUCUGCAGGAGUCCCGUGACCGUAAGUGGCACAUUCAGGGAUGCAGCGCCAAGUCCGGUAUGGGUCUAGAGGAAGGCGUCGCAUGGAUCCUAAGCGUGUGCACCUCCUGA